UCUGAUGUCAGUGUUGGACGGACUGGACCAUGCAUGGAACUCGAAGCACAGGCUAGGGUGAGACACACAGGAAUGGCAGGUUGAAGAGGCAGGUAGCGUUGCAAGGGGUAGCGAUUGCAAUGGACGAGGCAGGUAGCCAUGGCCACGGGCAGCUAGAAUAGUAGUAGCAUUGAUGAAGAAGCCGGUGGCAGGAGCGAGAGCGAGGCGACAUGGGCGGCGCAGGCAUCUCGUUGGCGCCGGACAAGCAGUUGCCAUUGCCAACCACGGGUAGCUGGCCGAGGCCGAUGCUCCCGUCCGUGAUCCCUUGACUGACGAGACGAGUAAAUACAUGGCGUCUCCGUCUCCGUCUCCAUCUGCUGUUGCCCGUCCGUCCGUCCUGUACAAGCAGAAGCUUCAUACCCUAGCGGUAGAAUGGUCCUGCCGCCAUUAAUGCUCCCCACCACACCUGCGAACCAACCAAUGAACCAAGCAUAAAUUUAAGGGUACCCACCGUUCCUGCUCCGAGCAAUCCAACGAGGAGAGGAGAGGAGAAGGAGAUCAGAGCAGAGCAGAGGGGAGGACGGAGCUCACGCGCAAAGCAUAAGCGCAGCAAUGGGGAUCUGCUGCAGCAAGGCGGCAGCAGGCCGGGAGCUGGACGACGACGACCACGGCUCGGGCUUCCCAUGGAUGCACGACGACGUGUUCCACGGCCACCUGUGGGCCAGCGCCGGCGUCUCCGUGCACACCAAACAGGGGUGGAAGGGCGCCAACCAGGACGCCAUGACCGUCUCCCAGGACUUUGCUGGCCACAAAGGCCACAUCUUCUGCGGAGUCUUUGAUGGACAUGGCCCUCUUGGCCGGGAAGUCGCUCGCUAUGUCCGCGACACCCUUCCAGUGAAACUAGCCUCUGCUUUGAAACCGAAAACUGCAGAUGAAGAUUCUUCAAGCGAUACUUUGAAGCUUAAACCUCAAGAAGAUGAUUCAAGCAACGAUUUGAAGCUCACAACUGAAGAAGAUGAUUCAAGCAAUAGUUUGAAGCUCAGAACUGAAGAAGAUCCCUCGAGCAAUACAGAUCUGGAUUCCUUUGACAAGUCAGAUAGCAGCUCGUCCAGUGAUGAUACAAGCGAUGAGAGCCAGCUGUUGUCCACUUGGAAGAACAUACUCGUGAAGACAUUUGAGCAGGUGGAUGGGGAGCUGAGGCAACAUUCAGGAAUCGACUGCAUUUGUAGCGGCACAACUGCAGUCGCUGCUGUUAGGCAGGGUGAUCACUUGAUCGUUGCCAAUUUGGGCGAUUCACGUGCUGUUCUUUGCACCCGGGACAGCAAGGACCGUCUGAUCCCAGUGCAGCUCACCACUGACUUGAAGCCAGAUCUUCCAAGCGAGCUCGCAAGGAUUCUGAACUGCAAGGGAAGAGUGUUCGCCAUGGAUGACGAACCGGACGUGCCUAGGAUGUGGCUGCCGAAUCAGGAUGCGCCGGGCCUCGCCAUGGCAAGGGCCUUCGGGGAUUUCUGCCUCAAGAACCAUGGCCUUAUCUGCACACCUGAAGUCUACUGCAGGAAACUGUCUGAGAAAGAUGAGUUCUUGGUGCUUGCUACUGAUGGGAUUUGGGACGUUCUGUCGAACAAGGAGGUAGUGAAGCUGGUGUCAUCGGCGACCGACCCAUCCAGGGCGGCGAGGCAGCUGAUCGACCGGGCGGUCCGAGCGUGGCGGCGCAAGUACCCGACGUCCAUGGUGGACGACUGCGCCGUCGUGUGCCUCUACCUGAACCGGCGGGCCUCUCCUGGUCCUGGUCCUGACGAGAGCCUGCGAGUCCCAGGCACAGGAGACGACGUGAAGCCGUUCACGGGCAGCAGCUUCCGCAGGGCUCUGACGAGUAACGGCGGCGGCGGCGAGGCGGAGGAGGGGGCGACGGUGUGGAGAGCGCUGGAAGGGGUGGCGCGGGCCAACUCCGUGAUCAGGCUGCCACGGUUGGGGCGCGUGCUGAGCUGGCGGAGGCGGUCGAGCUCGCUGGAUGAAGACGACGGCGAGGAGCGGGAUUGAUCAUCAUCAAUUUCCUGGCCAAAUUGAAGGGAGGCCAUCGUUUUCAUGGCCGGUACACGUAAAUUCAUCCGUGCAUGGUCAUGGACCGAUGAACGCGAGGCAGCCAAAUUGAAAAGGAAUUUUUUUAGGAUUUGAUUUGAUUGGCAUAAUGGCCCCUGUCGCAUUCAGGUGUUGAAACGGAUGAGGUGACAUGGACAGGAGUAGUGGCUGAUCUAAUCUGAAUGGUUGUUCAUCCUGCUCGCAUGUGACUUCAGUAUAGUACUACUGCUACUUAACGUUGCGUGACUGGUUGUGUGAACCGUAAAGGGUUUGCCGUUUGCGAGUGCUGUAACUGUAAUUUGUUGGUGAGAUUAGUUUCUGACACCAAACAUGAUCGAUCUUUGGAGUGGUUACUCAUUCUUUAAAUUUAAUGAUCAAA